AUGUAGAAGAGCAGUUGAAAUGUUAUCGGUUUAGCUAGUUGACAAAAAUGGCAACAAACAGUUCUUUAAGCUUAAAUUCAUGUGUUUGGUUUGAAUCAAGAAACCCUAGAAGAAAUUUAUCUUUAAACUUAAAUUUAUCUCCGAAACUUUCAAUUCUUCGCGUUGUUUCAGUCAAUUCAACUCCCAAAGCGAGGUUCAUUGCUCGGCGAAAAGAGUCCGUUUCGGUUCAGCAACUCGGGCGUCCUCUAAUUGAGUAUAUGAGUUUGCCAGCAAGUCAAUACUCGGUAUUGGAUGCGCAGAGGAUAGAGAGAAUAGACGACAACACGUUUAGGUGUUAUGUGUAUAAGUUUAAAUUCUUUGCUUUUGAGGUUUGCCCUGUUCUGCUUGUUAGAGUUGAAGAGCAGCCUAAUGGUUGUUGCAUUAACCUUCUUUCUUGUAAGCUUGAGGGAUCACCUAUGGUGGUUGCGCAGAAUGACAAGUUUGAUGCUUCAAUGGUGAACUAUAUCUCUUGUGAUAGCAGGCAAAACAACUCAUCCGUGGAACAACUUACUUCUGAUGCAGUCAUCGAGGUUAGCAUUGAGGUUCCUUUUGCGUUUAGUGCAAUUCCAGUUCAAGCUAUAGAAUCAACUGGGACAAGAAUCCUUGAACAAAUACUUGGGCUGAUGCUUCCCCGCUUUAUGGCACAGCUUGUGAAAGACUAUAAAGCAUGGGCAUCUGGUGAUGUCUCAAGGCAGCCUAUUGGAACUGGUGAGAUUUGAGAUUAACGGAGGCUACUGUGCCAUUUCUGUACAUUUACUUAUCUUCCUUAUUAACUCCAUAACUAGCGUUAAUGUCAGAUAAUGCAAUGUUCUUUAUUUUUUUAAAUUGAAGUUGCAAUGUUCGUUCAAACAUUUUGAUUUGUAACAAUCUUUUUUGUCUGAUUUAAAGGGUUUUGUUUUAAUUGUAGGCA